UACGUACAUCGCUACAAAAAUAGAUGAAUGUAUUUAAAAAUACGUGUAUAGCGUUAAGUGUUUCGGUAAAAUAAAGUAGGCAAAAUGUCAUCAGUCAAUUUAAUUCCAUUUAUUAGCGUGCUAAUGCUUAUUAUCAGUAUUUUCAAUGCGUGCCAAAUACAGCGCACCUGUGGCUUUCACUAAGUCCUUGGACUGUCUUGCACCCUCUAUCGGCAAAUUCUAUAGUCAAUGUUAAUUGCGCAUGCGUGCAGUAGGAGCGCUUGAUCCAAAUAAACCGGAAGAUAUAUUACGAAGGACCAGUCUUAAAUGUAGUCUCUUUCAUCCACAAUCAUGCCCAGAAAGAAAAAAGAAGAUACGGUGUCUCAUUUAGACGAUUUGAGUGGCUUUGAUACGACAACGGGGACAGAAUUGUCCUCUUUAACGUUGUCUCAUUCACCAAGCCUGAGCGAGGCCCACAGCAAAACAGAGAAGCGAGAAAGAGUAAACAAGCAAGAAUUGGUUAGUAAGCAGCUCGCCCAUGAUUUUCAGCUCCUGAAAAUAGAAGUUUCGCAGAAGAACUUACUGAUCGAUCAGAUCAAGUCGGAACAUGCGGAAAAGGUUGAAGAACUGGAAGAGAAUCUCUCUGAUGCUCUUCACCGUGGUCAGAUCGUGCAGGCCCGUCUUGAUACGCAGCUGCAUCUUCAUCAGGCAGAGGCUAGAAAGCAGCAUGCCGAUACUCAACAGGAACUGCAGGGCAUCCUCACCAAACAGAAGAAGCUGGAGGAGGCCAAUGCCUUGUUGCUUCAGAGGACAGCCAGAGUGAAAGAGGAGCUGCAGUCUGAUUUAACUUUGUCACAUGAGAAAUAUAUGCACAUGAAAGCACUGCAUGAGGAUCAGCUUUCCAUUGCAGAUUUUGUUGCAAUAAGGUUAUAUGAGUCCACAGAGCCACUGAAGUCAGAAGUGGCCCAGCAGAAACAGCAUAUCAGACAUCACCAAGGUGAAGUGCAUCAGUUACAGAAUGAAUUGGAACAGUGGAGAGAGAAAUACAGCCAGGCAGAAUCCAGCAUCCAGUCCCUGAAAGUGAAGUGUCACCAGCUGUCCCUGGCUCUGACCGACACCAAGUCAGAGAUCCAACACGAUAAUUACAAGAUUAACAACUAUGAUGCUGUCAAGAGUGAGAGAGACCAGUUGUCAGGGGACUGCACUGACCUCAAGCAGGCUGCGGGAUAUCUGGAGGCUGCCAACCAGGCACUCACUCAGGAAAGGGAUGACUUGAAGAAACAGUUAAGUGCAUUGCAGCAGACAUUAGUUUUGACCAACAAGGACAAGGACUACUUGUCCAAACAGAUGGUCGAGAAGAACCACAAAUAUAAAUAUGCUGAGGAACAAAGACAGGUUCUUGUGGACCAGCUGGAAAAAAUGAAACAGCAGAGGGAGGACAUGUAUGAGAAAUAUGUAUCAGUGAGAGACCAGUACAAAACUGAAUACGAAAGACGACUCCAGGAAGAAAUUGAUCACCUCCGAAAACAAACAGAUGCAGAGGUUGGCAGAUUGCGCUCAGGAACAAAAGAGAUGUAUGAGCAAGAAAUAAGGAGUUUACGUGAAGCCAGGGACAUGGCCUUGAUGGAAAGAGAAAGGAUUCAAACUUCCGAGAGAGAACUCAGGGACCGGUGUGACACUCUUCAGGCUGAGUACCAGACACUGCAAUCAGAUCUCAAUACCAAAAUCUCAGAUAUUCACAACCAACUGCGACUGAAGACAUUUGAGCUGGAGCGUUCACAGCUGCUUUACGAAGAAACUUUGAAGAAUUUCAAGGCAUCUCAGUUAGACAAGGAAAAAAUACAGAAAAAAUUGGAGGUAGUGACCCAAGACGUUAUGACGCUGGAGAGCAGCAGCACACAGCGAGUUCAGGAACUGGAGAAUGAAUGCAGUCACCUGCGCCAACAGCUUACAGCAUACCAGCAAAUAGAGCAACACCUGGACGAUGUGAUGCUACAGGCUGCUGAAAUUGGCGACGAUAUAGAAGCAGAACGUGUGAUCUCUGCUUAUGAAAGCCAGUUUCCAGUUCAGACAACAGCUAAAAGACAUCUACAGCAAAGUGUUCGUUUAGCUCAAAGAGUCCUAAGUCUACAAAAGAAAAAUACCACUCUACAGGAUGAUUUAGAAAAAGAAACCAAAAAGAGGAAUCAGUUGGAAGGAAUGCUAGAAGAGUCUAGUUCUUUGCUACAGAGUUUACAACAGCCACAGACGUAUUUGAUUGAGGUCAUGCGAAACAAAGAUGGAAAAAUACAAGAGCUUACUAAAGAUAGCAACCAGCUGAAGGAAGAAAUAAAGCAACUUCAUAAGGAACGAAAAGAUCUUCUGACAUCCAAGCAGCAGUUGGCAGCAGAUUUAGAAAAACUUUUAGGUCAUGGGGAGGAGCUCAGAGGGAUGAAAGAGACACUGAGGUCUACCCUUACUGCUAGGACAGCUUACAGAUGACAGUAGACCAAAGAGAAUGAUGAUAUUUUACACAGAGUACCUUCAGUGCUGCUGUUGAUAGUGUACAAACAUAAUUAACCAUUGCCUGUCAUAGUAGACAAUGGUUAAUUGUUUACCCGUGACACUUCCUUUAUGACAUCCUGUCUGUGACAUUAUUUGUGAUGGUUUUGCACCACUGUUGACAAUUUGGUGACACUAAUAGUGGCAAUCGAUCAGGUCACCAUUUUGACACAGGUAAUAAAGAUUCUGUCUUAGUGCAUCUGUGAUAAUAUCCUGGUGAUUGUAAGCCUGCGCUGGUAAUGUUGACCUUGCACUGUUGAUGCUGAUGACCCUGCACAUCACAUUAACUACAACUUUGCUAUCAGGACACUGUGUCAUGUUGUUGUUAUUCUUAUUAUCAUUAGGCUGCACGUGCUAAGCUGAUAAUUUUUUUUCAGUAUAAUAUUAAUGGAUUUUUGUAAAAAGUGAAUUUUUUUUUAUAUUUUGACUGGGAUCAUGUUUAAUUUAUUUGAAAAUUAAAACAUUGUAAAUUAUUGUACAUAUUAUUUUAAGUCUACAAAUAUGAUCUUGAAUAAACUGUUGAGACACGAUUGCUCAAGUAUGGUACAUGUACACGACGUUUGAUGUCUGUUGCAGAAAGCAAAAAAUCGUUGCUUUCUAAAUAAACAUUUU